AUGAAACAGCUUACUCUGCUAUUUAUUUGCUUGCUACUUUCUGGUUGUUGUUUCUGCUUUGUGGAUCCUUUCAAAAUCAACUCUUCAUAUUAUGUAGUUCAAUCCUUGUCUGAGUCAUCAUUCGGAAUGACUGCCUAUCUGAAACUGUCCAAUAACAGUGGUGGACCAUACGGAAACGAUAUAGAAGAGUUAAAAGUCUCUAUUCAAUACAAAUCUUCAAAAGUGUUAAAUAUCAAGAUAACUGACAAGGAAGAAAAAAGAUGGCAAGCUUCUCCCUUCGUUCUAUCGAAAGAACAAUCAAAAGUUUCCUCUAUGAGUACAAGUUUAGAUUAUAGUGUGGAAAUGUCACAGGUUGGAGAAGAAUUCUACUUUACAAUUCUAAGAAAAUCCUCAAGUAUUCCAAUAUUCACAACGAAAAGGACUUGGUUUGUAUUCAGUGACCAAUAUAUUACAUUAGGAACUCAAUUAUUCUCUUUACCAAAUGGAGAACCUCCUUAUUUGAGCGGUUUUGGUGAAAGAGUUGAUAACAUCUUUCUCAAUAUUACAAAUAAUGAAUUUAUAAUGUGGAAUAAUGAUCAUGACAAUCAACCACAUAUGAAUCUCUAUGGAAGUCAUCCAUUCUUCCUCUAUUCUGGACCAAGCUCUCCAUCAUUUGGUGUUUUCCUUCUCAAUAGUAAUGCUAUGAGUGUGAGAACUGAAUUUAACAAUCAAAACAAGUAUUUACAAUAUCAAGUGAUUGGUGGCGUUUUGGAUUUUUACUUCUUCCUUGGACCUUCUUCGCAAGAUGUCAUUAAACAAUAUCAUUCAAUUAUUGGAAAACCAUACUUGCCUCCAAAGUUUGCACUUGGAUUUCAUCAAUGUAGAUGGGGAUACAAUAGUUUGGAUGAAAUUAAGAAAGUAGUUGCUGGAUAUGAGGCCAAUAAUUUACCAUUGGAUGCAAUUUGGACAGAUAUUGAUUAUAUGGACAAGUAUAGAGAUUUCACAUUUGAUCCUGAUCGUUUUCCAAUUCAAGACAUGAUACAAUUUGUUUCUGAUUUGCAUAAGAAAGGUAAAAAGUAUAUUCUCAUUAUCGAUCCUGGUAUUCCAGUUGUAAAUUUGAAUCAGGAAAAGUAUGAACCUUUAGAAUUGGGACUUUCUCUCGAUAUUUUCAUCAAGAAUGGCAAUAAUAAUUCCUAUGUGAAUAGAGAUGUCUGGCCUGGCCAAUGCUACUUCCCAGAUAUGACCAACCCCAAAUUCAAGGACUAUUUCUGGAAGCCACUCAUUCACAAAUUCCUCUCCACCUUAAAUAUUGAUGGAUUGUGGACAGAUAUGAAUGAACCAGCUGUAUUGAAAACCUACACACCCAAUCAAAAUAAGUGGAACUAUCCUCCAUUCGUACCAAGAUCGCCAGCUGUUCACGAUCCUAAUGAACCUAUUUUCCAUCGAACUAUUGACAUGGAUUCGAGAAUGCACGCCUCAAUCCAUUACAAUGUCCACAAUUUAUACAGUCAUUUGGAGUCAAUUGCAACAUCAGAAGCUCUACAAGAUUUCUAUGGAAAGAGAUCUUUCGUAUUAACUAGAAGUAGCUUUGCUGGAAGUGGAUCUCAUGUUUCUCAUUGGACAGGCGAUAAUGAGUCAACAUACGAAAGCAUGAAGAGUUCAAUUCCAUCAAUUGUUAUGAAUGGAAUGUUUGGUUUUUCACAUGUUGGAUCUGAUAUUGGUGGAUUCUAUUUGAACACAACUAAGGAACUUCUUAUUAGAUGGAUGCAAUUAGGAUCCAUGUAUCCAUUCUCACGUAACCAUAAUGCACGUGGAACUAUUCCUCAAGAGCCAUAUGCCUUUGAUAAGGAAACUACAGACAUUUCAAGAAAAUUCCUUCAAUUAAGAUAUCAACUUAUUCCAUAUUUGUAUACACAAAUUGCACUAGUUAGUAGAGAUGGAGGUUCAGUUGCAAAACCACUUUCUUUCGUAUUUCCAGAUGACAGACAGUGUUAUCAAAUAGAAACUCAACUCAUGUUAGGAGAUUCCUUAAUCAUUGCUCCAGCAUUAAAUCCAUCACAGUCAAUGGUCAAUGCCUACCUUCCUUACAAUGCUAUUUGGUAUGAUUACUUGACAGGUAAAAGAAUUACCAAAACGGGAGGUCUAUAUUUCUCAUUACCUUCUCCUCUUGAUUCAAUGCCAAUUAUCAUGAAAGGUGGAAGUAUCAUUCCUUUACAAACUCCAUCGCUUAAUACUUUACAACAAGAAUUUAAUCCAUAUCAAUUGAGAAUUGCACUCAAUCAAGAACAGCAGGCAAGGGGAGAGUUGUGGCUUGAUGAUGGUGAAAGUUUGGGAACAAUUGAGAAGAAACUUUAUACAUUACUCAAAUAUGACAUGAAAAAUAAUGGAAAAGUUUACAAGUUGACUUGUGAAAGGUUAAUUGGAGGAUAUGAUGAAAGAAAUUUGAGUUUGAAUGGAAUUACCAUCUACGGCAUUGAACAACAACAAAUUUCGUUCAUUUCAAUUAAUAAUCAACCAGUAGAUUCGUAUAACUUUGAUCCUUCGAAUGGUUUAUUAGAAAUUAACAAUAUUCACUCUGAAAUUUCUUCAAUUUCUGUAGUUUUACAAUUUGCCUAA